AUGCAUCUGUUUAUAAAUCUGUGCGUUGCACUCAGCUUUAUAGUGGAAUUGAGAGGUUCGUGUCCCUCCCAGUGCACUUGCAGAUCUCACGGCCCAGACGACGGCACAGGAUCAAGGCUGGUGCUCUGCAAUGACCUGGAUAUGAAUGAGGUCCCUACGAACCUUCCUGUAGACACCGUGAAACUUCACAUAGAGAAGACUAUUCUUCACAGAAUCCCUGCUGAGGCCUUCUACUACCUGGUGGAGCUCCAGUGCCUCUGGGUGACUUGCAAUUCCGUGAUCAGCAUUGAGUCCAGCAGCUUUUACAACCUCAAGAAGCUGCAUGAGCUGCGCUUGCAUGGGAAUUCCCUGGCUGCUUUCCCUUGGGCAUCUCUCCAAGAGAUGCCCCGUCUGAGGACUCUGGAUUUACACAAUAACAGAAUAACCAGUGUGCCAACUGAGGCCACCAGAUACCUGAAAAACCUCACUUACCUGGAUUUAUCAAGCAACAGACUAACCACACUGCCACCAGAUUUCAUGGAGAGCUGGUCCCAUUUCUCAGCUGAAAUAGCUUCUAGAAGCCUGGACUUUGCACAUAGAAGAAUCGUUCUUGGCUUACAGGACAAUCCUUGGUUCUGUGACUGCCAUAUUUCUAAAAUGAUUGAGCUGUCGAAGGUUGCUGACCCUACAGUGGUGCUCUUGGACCCACUGAUGGUCUGCAAUGAACCGCAGAGCCUCGCGGGCAUUCCAUUCCAGCGUGCUGAGCUGGCGCAGUGUCAGAAGCCAUCUGUGAUGACCUCAGCCACCAAAAUCACAUCUGCUCUGGGCAGCAAUGUCCUGCUGAGAUGUGAUGCCACCGGCUAUCCAACCCCAGAGCUCACAUGGAUCAGGUCCAACAGCGCAGCGGUGAAUUAUGCAGUAAUUCAAGAAUCUCCAGGGGAAGGAGUCAGAUGGUCCAUAAUAAGUCUUACAGGCAUUUCUUACAAGGAUGCUGGGGAUUACAAAUGCAAGGCCAAAAAUUUGGCUGGAAUGUCAGAAGCUGUGGUUACUGUGACAGUGGUUGGCGUGGUCACAACCACCACAUCACUGGAAACAUUAGAAAGAACUGGAGAAGAUCAUCCCCAUCAGGAAGUGAUGCCAGGAUCUAGAAGAUCUGUAUCCACGCUUAAUUCAUCACCCUCUCCCUUGCACUUUUCUUCCACUUCUUUGUCUGCUUCUACUUUAUCUCCUCCCUCCACUGCUUCCUUCUCCCCUUCCAACUCCCCCGUUGGUUCUUGGACUACAAUUCUAAGCACUAAAAUGUCAACAAGCACCACCAUGGUCAAUAGAUGGCCACUCCAGCUCCACCUAGAAGGGAAAAGGAAUUUAAAGGUAGAGAUGGAUGGACGGAAGCUUCCCCUAGAAAGUGCAAGCAAAAAAGAAGAGUUGGCAUUAUUGGAUCAAGCAACGCCUGUGGAGACAAAUGCCACAAUCGAAAACCUCAGAGUGGUCAGAGAGACUGAAGAGAGUGUGACUCUGAUGUGGAAUACUGUCAAUAGCACAUAUAAUUCUGCAGUGACUGUGCUGUAUUCUAAGUAUGGUGAAAAAGACCUGCUCCACCUGAAUGUAGAGGCAAGCAAGAACCAAGUCACUGUAGAAGGGUUGGAGUCUGGCAGGCAGUACAUAGCAUGUGUGUGUCCCAAAGGGGCACCUCCCCAGGUAGACCAGUGUAUCACCUUCUCUACCAACAGAGUUGGAGAAGGUGAUUUCCCAGGGUCUUUCCUUAUUGUGGUGAGCUGUACUGCCUGUGUAAUUGUCAUGCCAUUGAUUUGUUAUCUCUUGUACAAAGUUUGCAAGCUUCAGUGUAAGACAGAACUUUUUUGGGAAGAUGACCUGGCCAAAGAGACUUAUAUCCAAUUUGAGACCCUGUCCCCCAGGUCUCAGAGUGUAGCGGAACUCUGGACACAAAGGUAUAAAGAUGACUCAGAGAAAUUGCUACUUUGUUCUAGAUUGAGUGUGGAGUCUGAGAUGACCUUUAAAAGUGAGGGUUCUAAAUUAGAGUACUAUGGCUAA